AUGUUACGUUCGUUGUGUUGCGCGAAUCGCACGGCGAAAGUCGCAGAUGUCGCAGGCGUCGCCGCCGCGGCGAAUUCAACAAAGUCGCACGAUGAAGUGGGAGCGAAGAGAGUGAGUUUGGGCGCUCCACCGAAAUAAACACGCAACGCAGACCGCGCCGCGCCACAACACACACAAAAAAGGGAGGGAAUUUGAAUCGUUCCCUUAUUUGUGUGUGUUGUGGCGCGGCGCGGUCUGCGUUGCGUGUUUAUUUCGGUGGAGCGCGUGAGAUUUUCGAUAAUAUCUAAAAUUUCGGUAUGAUUCAGGCAAUCGUGAUGUGUUCGGAUGUUGUGUUGCAUCGCGGGCUGUUGGGAAAAUUUCUGGGUGUUUUGGAGGACAAGUGUUUGGUUUCCAGCGAGUUAAGAAUUGAGAAACCGUCGCAUGACGCAAUUUCGGUGAGUUUUUUGAAGUCUCCAUAAAAUUUGAGGAAUUUUGAUACCAAACAAGCCUGGAUUUUGGGUCCCUCAGAGCCUAGGCUUGUUUAUAUUAUCGAAAAUCUCACCACGCGCUCCACCGAAAUAAACACGCAACGCAGACCGCGCCGCGCCACAACACACACAAAAAGGGAGGGAAUUUGAAUCGUUCCCUUGUGCGACGCGGUCUGCGUUGCGUGUUUAUUUCGGUGGAGCGCGCGUGGUUACGCUCCGAAUUUUGCAGAAAUCCAAACUACUUCCCCGAAAUCCUCCCGAAAUCCUCGCCAUUUCCGAAUGGACCGGUGAUGACGUGGCACAAAAGAUCAGCGAUGCCACCAAACAUUUCCGCCAGCAAUACGCAUUGGCGACCAGGGAUUUGUGUUUUUGUAUUGAGACAAGUAUGGCUGAACACAAAUUAUGGUUCGGUGUGGAAAGUGCUCCUGCUCCUGCUGCUGAAAAUGCUCCGGCUCAAGAUUCAACAAAUUCUUUCAGCACCGGAAAUGGACCGGGUAUGGAGAAUUUGUCGGAAAGCACAACUCAGCCGGAAGAAUCGGAACAAUCGGAGGCGAAACCAGAGGAGAUCGUAAGGUUCGACAAAAACAUGAUUAGAGACCACGUAAAAUUGAGAGAGUCCAGACAAAGAUUUUGAAAAAAAUUCCAAAAACUUAAUUUUUUCUCUGCGCUCUCUCCGUUUUCCUUUGUCUCUGACGUGAAGAUCACAAGGUUUAAAAAAAAAAGUUGUUUUUUAAAUCAAAAACAGCUGAUAUUUUUCAGAGAACCUUUGGAUAAAGAUCAAGUUUCGUCAAUCGGCCCAAAUCCAUCAAUAAAUUCGGAGAUGCCGGAAGUGGAAGUUGUGAGCAACACAGUCGAUGCAAUUCUUCCCGCCGUCACCAUUCCUGAGGAAGCCAAAUGA